ACUCGAGAGAAAAAUUAAAUCUCGUGUUCGGAGAUAAUUGACACAGAGUUCGGAGGUUAGGUCGGUGAACGAGCUGAAAUAAAUUAUGAAAAGUGUUUUUCUGAUCCAGGCUGACGUAAUGGGUAGCGUCCAGCUAAUGCAAGAUCCUGAAAUCUCAAGCUCCCUUUCUCCCCAAGAACAUAUUUUAUCAUCCUAUUCUCCAGGAGAAUUCGUUUUAGAUGCAUCGAUACAAGGAGUAGCAUUAAAGGCUAAGAGGAUAUCCAUUGACAACAAUGAAGAAGUUAAAGUCGUGGUACAUCGGGAAGAUAUUGACCUUACAUCACAGAAGAUCAAAGAGAAUAACUCCUGGCUUACAAAAUUUACCAAAAGCAAAUGCUCGGUAGUUGGAUACGACAGUUACCAACUUCUCAAAAGCUUACUCUCGUUUUAUAUUCAAAACUUGUCGAAAGAAGUGAGUAGUAUUGACUCAGAGUUAUGUCAGGUGAGCAAAUUAAGGGAUUACACGAGCGCCACGCUUACAUUUUUCCAUUUCUAUUGGAGUGGUAUUAAGAACGAUAUAGCCGAUCAUAGCUUGUACAUGGAUCAAAUGUCAACGCUAAUAGGCAUGUAUAUCGAUCUGGAGCUUAUUGUUUUUGAAAAGACCGAAAACUCAACAAUGAAGAUUUCUAGGAAAUUAAUCGCUAUCCUCUAUCUUUACUUGGAUAAUUCAAAAGAAUACAUGUUACGAGCGUUAUAUCGUUCAAAGAUUCUUGCGAACAAUGAAGAGAUUAGAGAGCUCAUUUUCUCAAAAUGUUUUGACACCUGUGCCAAGAAUAUGGAGUUAAAGGAAGGUGUAAAUCCAAAUCAAAAUCUCCGCAAAGAAGUAGACGAUUCCAAGGUGACUGAUGAUAUUGUACUGCAGCCUUCCAGACAUUGUGGAAUGGGUAUCGUUAACCCAGAAAAACCUCUUCCAAAACAACGACCCCUAGAGAGGAUGCCGAAGUUCAGGAACCAGCGCCGGAACACGUCAAAGUCAAAAUCGGAUGACAUCAUUUUCAUCGACCUGACAGUAAGCAAGAGGAAGAAAAUACAGUGGCUGAGAGAGUUAUGCCGGAAGAGGAAAGCAAAGAGCAAAGAGUCUUUGACAAUAACCGACACUGCAGGCAGCGCCGAAGACGUAAACGAGACGCGGCAAGAUUCUUUAAUGGAUGAAAUUCCAGAGAACACAAAAAAUCAGGCUGUGGAAGCGGUAAAAUCACCGAUACAUCCAGUGGACGAAACCGUGUCUGCCGAAAGCAAUAACGUGGAUGAAGACAUCAGCGAGGUCGUCAUACAUCCGUCGCGCGAGGACUAUAACGCCAAACAGGACCGACUGUUCAUCAGCCUCGACCCGGAAGAGAUGGUCUCCAUGUCCUCACAGAAUUCCCUCGACGAGGACACAAAGGCUCUGUUCGAUGACCAGUUGCUGGAGGAGUCGAUCCCUCGGGAAAGGAACUUCUUCAUGGGGUUAGAGCCGUGUCCGGAGGAUGUAAAUUCGGUAAAAGGCGUUCAAAAGAACUUGGAGAACGAGAGAACCGUCGAGUCGCAAGUCGACGCGACCAGCCCACACGGUGUCGAGAGAAACGAAGACCCAGGAGAUCCCGAGGAUGCCGUCUUGGUAACAUCCGACGAGCUGGACUUUUUCGACUUGGGGGGCAGGUCGGUACCCUCUCUGGAGAUGUUCCAUUCGACCGAAGGGCAACUUCGGGAUAGAAGCUCGACGGAUCUGAUCGGCAAGUCUAGUCCCAGCAGAGACCCAAGUCCAGGCUUCGUGCUCUCUACCCUGGAGGACCAGGAAGGGAGUUUGCGAGUACAAGGCCUAACGGAUCCGGAGUUCCCCUCCGGCUCCUUUCUGGAGGGUCCCCUGGACAUCUUGAGCUCCUCUCUCGAUGUCAAUCUGACCAACGUUGGUUUUCCUUUGAGCGACCAUCCCUACUCCAGGGCGCAGACGGAGAACUCGAGGCCUGCCAGGAAGUCCAAGGCGGAAUGUAGCUGGUCUUCCCGAGACGACGCUCCGUUCUGCGAUUCCCAGGGGCUCAACGAGCCGUUCCCGAAGCGGAAGAGGGACCUCCUGUGGAACCAACGGAUUCUCAGCUUGGAAGAACUCGGAUUUUAUUGCCCCAAUGAGGACGAGUCCCUUCGGGACAUCUCUCCGAGGCUCCGCUGCGACCUGCUCGGCAAUCUUGAGCCCUCCAGCAAGCUCUCUCGUUCCUCGAGUCAGGGCUUCUCCCCUAGGAGCAGGACCACGGCCUUCCCCUUGGAGGAGAGCUCCAAGGAUCUGUGCAAGGGCUUCGGUCUCAACGGGGACGAGCCCUCGGCCCUCUCCAGGAUGGCGGCCGUCGAGUUCAUGGACGUGGACAAGGCCUGGGACCUUGGCGACACCCAGCAGGAGCUGUGCGAGGCUCUGGACACCGAACCCGAGGUCUAUUUCGACCCUGUUCCGUCUUGCCCGAAGAUCGCGACCCCAAAGAGCUCGCAACGGCGUCCUGGAAGAUCCUCCUUAUCCGGGCGGCGGGCGAUUUUCGCCAAGAUGGUCGAGAUGGUCAACAAGGAUCUACCUCUUAAGAAGCGACUUACUUAUAACGGUCUUGCGAGCGACAAAAUAAGAGAAGAGUCAGAGGAGGGAGCCACGACGUCGGAAUUACCUCGAAAGCAUUCCCGACAAACUUCGGCAUUCCUCGCCUGCGAGAAGAGUCUGAUGUCGGCCAUCUUGAAAAGCAGUCUGCCUUCUACUCGCAGUAAAACGUGUUCGAUGGCGCCGAAAUAUUCAGACGUACCUUCAGUACUUCGUUUUGAAUGAGACAAGGUGCAAGACCUCGUAACACGAUCGCAUUAAUUUUAUAUUAGGGGUAGGAGAGUCGAAAUCCUAGGGAUGUUUUUAUUUAUCCGAGUACUCCGACAACCCUGAGACAAGUAUACGUAAAAGAGACCAAAACAAUUGUAUACUGAGCAUUUCUUCCUGCACAUUGCACGGUGAUGCUGCUUUCCAUCAAUUUAUACACGAAUUCAUUGCGUAACGGUGCAAGAGACCGUUUCGUUUCCUUUUUUUAUCUUUUGUACAAAUCGCGGCGUUUUAUACUUUCAGAUCUGUAUUUAAAAGCUCAUGUUUAUACA